CUGCCUUGAAAGACACUUCCCGGCUUUUUCCUCCGUCUUCUUGGACUUGAAAUUCGUAGCCUCCGUCAACUCUUCGCAGCGGCUCUUUCUGGAUCCCAUCGAAACUUUGAAGAGGCAUCACGCAAAAAGCUAAACGAAACCCUUUGAAGUUUGUUAGCUCCUCCUUUGAUCUUGACUCAGUAAUGUCUUCCAUAUCUAUAUUUAUCUUUCCCUUCUUUUUUGCUUUUAUCAGUAUUUUCUUCCUUUGUUUUCCCCCAUUUUAUCUACGUUUCUAACGGAUAACUUCUUUUCGGGACGGUUCAAAGUGCAAGUUUAUAGGUCGAGUCCCUCGUUCCCGACUCAAGCGUCUAUAGAUCUCUGAAAAAGGGUCCAGUUUUCAAAUCAGGGUUUUCUCAGAUGCAAAUAGGGAUCUAUUUAAUCAGUUCCUCCCAAUCUGAAGAGCACGAUACCUAAAAUAGCCUUCGGUCUUUCUUCUUCAUUGGAUUCUGCGGGCUCGAUGGCUUCUAAAGUUUCUGAACGGAAGUCCUACUUCAAGUUCCCGUUAUUGCAAGAGCUCUUGUAUUGCUCCAACUGGAACAGAAGCAAAGGUCAGUUAGAGUUUCUGAUAUGCAACAUCAAAUGGGCGAACUCUACGAGGAACUAAGGAGGGCAAAGGACGAGAGGUGCCGUGCUCUUGAAGAACUUGCUGAAUUAAAGAAGAUGGAUGGAGAUUUCAAGGAUACGAUUAGGCCCAGAGAAUUGCAAGAUUUGAAAGUUCAGGAUUCAGAAAGGAAGAUGCUUGAGUUGAUGAUUUUUCAGACCAAGCUGCUCGAGCAAACAAAUAUUUCAUUUGAAGAGGCGAAGUUAGAGAUCAAGAAUCUUAAAGAGAUUAUAAGAAAGAUAGAGCGGUCAGCUAGGAGUGAGAGUAAGAAAGUUGGAGCAUUUGACUCUGCUAAUACCCAAGAGGAGAUGAUGAAGCUUAGAAAAGAGCUUAGAUUGGCACUGGAGGCAGAAGAUAAGAGCAAGAAAGCCAUGGAUGAUUUUGCGAUUGCACUUAAGGAAUUAUCUACUGAUGCCAACCAAGCAAAGGCACAGCUUGCUGAUAGACAAGCUGAGCUAGAUAAAGCAAUAGAAGAAGCUAAAAAUACAAAAUCUUUAUUGGAGAGCACAGAGCAGAAGCUAAUGGAUGCUUUGAAUGGGUAUGAUAAAUUGAAGUUGGAGUAUGAGGAAUCCGUUUCUGCUUCUAGAGCAAAAGAGGACAGCUUUUUAAGCUGUCUGAAUGUUUCAGAAGAAGAUAUUACCAAGUGGAAGCAAGAUAACAGUAGACUGAAUGAUGACUGGAAGGUUGCAAGGGAGGAUAAUACUAAACUGCGUCAAAUAAUGAAAGAAGCAGUGAAUGAGGCUAUAGCGUUAAAGGAAGCAGCAGAGAUCAUUCGGAGUGAGAAUUUUCAGAUGAAGGAUCAACUCUUUGAGAAGGGUAAUAGCUUGCAGCAAAUACAGCAAGAUUAUGAAAGCCUUAAAGUAACUGAAGCUGCUGCUCUUGACAGUGUAAGAGAGCUGAAUGACUUACUUGCCUCAACUUCAGCUUCAACUUCAAAAAAGACCUCAAAUUUGUCAGAGUUUGGGUCGUUUAGACUACCACAAACAACAACUCAUGAUGCAAAGGCAAGGAGGAGUCUGAAAAUAUUCUCAUCUGAGAAGUGGAAACCUAAUGACAAUUCAAUCUGGACUGGCCGCAGGCAUUCUGUGGGAGAGCAAGGCAUGUUCAACGGCUCGACAUUUGACAGAGAAAAAUCAAUUGAAAGUAGUAGUAUCAUGUUUAGUUCUCUUAGGAAAGCCUCUGAUAAACGAGUCCCAUCAUCUAGGGAAACCAUAGACACAAAUGCGUUUGAUCAUUUAGAAGGAAUACAGUGCAAAGGCAAGGAAAACAUGAACGUUAAAAAAAAGAAAACAAUUUUUGGGAGACUUGGAGAUACAUUGAGGAGGCUAAGUUUUCACAAAUAGUUGUCAAUACUUUUUGGUGAACAGGAAUUUGAUUCAUCUUGAUGUUUAUUUAGUUUUUAUUGUGAUGAUUAUUUCAGAUCCUCAAUGUGUUUUGAAUUCUCAGUUGAAAACAAAGACAAUUGGAAAUGCCUUUCUAGUCUAGAGUACAUUUCAUAAAUUGUAUGAGUUCAAACUUGCCUAUGUUCUUGGUACAUGGUUGGAAACUGUCAAACUUGAGGGCAAACUACAGUAAGAUCAGGCUUGCUUUAUAGAUUUCAUGUAUUUUCAAGCUUGCGAUUCUUCUAUCUCAGAAAUUGUUCCAUAAAAUUGAUUUUUAACUCUUUGAAGCGUUUGUCCAAGAAAGGCACUUGCCAGGCCUCCAUGAAGCGUUUGCUUGACAGAUCUAUACUCCGCCAUUAUGAAAUGGUGUCAAUUGCUCAAUUUUUCUCCUAUGGUUAGUGUAUUUUUAGCCAUUAAAAAAAUGGCAUUCUAACUGGAAGCUUUAGGAUCAAUCCAGCCUUUAAUUUAAGAACUACGAUGAAUAAACUUCGUAGGUUAGAGAAAAGUAUAAACAAAACCUGUUGUUUGUUUGCUUGAUUAAAGCCUUGAUUUUGCAA